AGUCAUUUUCGAUUUGAACGAAACGCAUAUUCAUACAUUCUUUUCGAGAUAUUUUAUAAGUUUUGUAAAUUCACUCAUUCUAAAUAACGUCAUUUCGCUAUGAGUUCUAUCGAGUGGAUCGCUGAUAUGCUUUUCUACGCUAUGCGCACCUACCUCAAGAUGACCGCACCCAGUUGCGAUGCACACUUCCUUAUCAAUGCCCUUGGAAAGAUUGAACAUCUUAUACAUUUCAUUGAAUUUUCCAUUAUGAUAAUACGGCGGCCAAGAAAUCUCAUGGUUUUGACUAAUAGCCGAGAGAGCCGCCUUCAACUCCGCAAUUGCCUUUCAAUGUUAAGGACUUGGGCACAAGUGAUAUACGCAUUGCUAUCCGUGCUUGCUUUAAUCCAUAUCAAAACGAUUUACAUUAGUAUCGCGCUGUUGAUUUCCGGCAUCGUCUUGUUCACUGAUAUGAUCUUCAUGGCAAUAAAUGGCGUACAUGGCAGGAGAACGCUGCGACCCGCGCAGAUUCUAUGGAUUUCGUUGUGUUGUUGCACUUGGGUGCCAUGGAUCCUGGACGAAAUGAUCAACUAUUUGUAUAAAUGAUGGACGCAAUGGCAAUGUUGGACUUUUUAUCUUUUAAAAUUAUCCGUGAUAUGUAUGGGAAAUAAAGGAUUACACACCUAAUCCUACAUUCUCAAUUCGUUCACGUGGAUGUCUGUGGACUUAUUGCGACGACUGUAUACUUUCAAUUUGACAAAAGUUUUGAGCUUAAUUAAAUUUGUUGCUGCAUUU